UCUAAAGACCUCGCUCACCACGUCUCUCUCUCUCCAGAGCUUUGUUUGCAGUCGAACAGCUUGCAGCUUCCCUCUCAUCAAAUCUGUUUUGGAGCAGAAAAGCAACGAAAAGUGAAUCAAAAUGGCCAUGACGCUAGCUUACUGGGACAUUCGCGGGCUUGCCCAGCCCAUCCGCCUCCUACUGGAGUACACCAACACCAAGUACAAUGACAAGCUUUACGCCUGUGGUGAAGCUCCAGACUAUGACAAGAGCUGCUGGAUUAGUGAAAAAGAUAAAUUGGGAAUAGACUUCGUCAACCUGCCCUACCUUGUGGAUGGAGACAGGAAGAUCGUGCAGAGCAAUGCUAUCAUGAGAUACAUCGCUCGUAAGCACAAUAUGUGUGGAGAAACUGAGGACGAAAAGGUCCGAGUGGACAUCUUGGAGAAUCAGUCCAUGGACUUCAGAAAUGGCUUUGUGAGGAUGUGCUACACUGACUUUGACAACAUAAAGCCAGGGUACCUCAAGAGUCUGCCAGGUCAACUGAAGCAGUUCUCUGAUUUCUUGGGAAACAGGAAGUGGUUUGCUGGUGACAAGAUCACUUUUGUGGACUUCAUCUUGUACGAGCUGUUUGAUCAACACAGGAUGUUUCAUUCCACAUGUUUCGAUGACUUCAAGAACUUGAAAGAGUUUUUGGAUCGUUUUGAGGCCCUGGACAAAAUCGCAGCCUACAUGAAGUCGGACAGAUUCAUUAAGACUCCUGUCAACAACAAGAUGGCCAAAUGGGGAAACAAAAAGGAGUGAACACAUUUGCCUCUGGAAAAACAGAGCAUUUCUUAAGUAACAAAACAAAACGGUACAUUCAGUUCAAGAAAUCUUUCACAAUUUGCCUUUUUUAAAGUAAUGAAAGUGUUGCUAAUGUGUGCUUCAUGUUCUGUAAUCGCACUAGCUUACAACUUCUACAACCAUUGACUAACUUGUGUACAAGAGGAAAAAAACACAAUUUUGUUCUGUUUAUGAAAGUUUGGUUGUGAAACUUUAUUUUCAGUGAUAACAUGUUCAGAACCUUUUUUUUUUUGUUUGUUUGUUUUACAGAUUAAACAGAAUCUAGUACCAAA